CACAGCAUACAUGGCAUGACAGAGGAAGAAAAUGUGGUGCGACCACAUCAAGAGAUGGCGGUGCUGUCGCUGGAGGAGAAGAAGUUCCUGCUGGGAGUGGAGCGGGGCGACGUGGCGGGCACGAGGCGCGUGGUGCAGCGCGCCCGGGACACUGGACACAUCAACGUGGACUGCGUCGACCCGCUCGGGCGCUCCGCGCUGCUCAUGGCCAUCGACAACGAGAACCUGGAGAUGGUCGAGCUACUGCUAGAGUUUGGGGUGGAGACGCGUGACGCCCUGCUGCACGCCAUUUCUGAGGAGUUUGUGGAGGCGGUCGAGGCGUUGCUAGACCACGAGGAGCGGACACGCAAGCCCGGGGAACUUCACAGUUGGGAGGCGUUACCACCGGAAACUGCAACGUUCACGGCGGAUAUAACGCCGCUGAUCCUGGCCGCGCACCGCGACAGCUACGAGAUCAUAAAGCUGCUGCUGGACCGCGGCGCAGGGCUACCGGUGCCGCACGACGUGCGCUGCGGCUGCGACGAGUGCGUGCGCUCGCGCCGCGAGGACUCCCUCCGACACUCCCGCUCACGCAUCAACGCCUACCGCGCCCUCGCCUCGCCCUCCCUCAUCGCUCUCUCCUCCAAGGAUCCCAUCUUAACAGCCUUCGAACUCUCCUGGGAGCUGCGACGACUCUCCGCGCUCGAGCACGAGUUCAAAACCGAGUAUCAGGAACUGCGUGCCCAGUGCCAGGAGUUCGCCACGGCGCUACUGGAUCACACGCGCACCUCGCACGAGCUGCAGGUGCUGCUGAACCACGAGACCGGGUCGCCACAGGCGCCGCUCAUAGAGCCCGGCGCGCCGGAACGGAUGCGCUUGUCCAGAUUGAAGUUGGCGAUCAAAUUAAGGCAAAAGAAGUUCGUCGCGCACCCGAAUGUCCAGCAACUGCUGGCGUCCAUCUGGUACGAAAGCGUGCCUGGGUUCCGUCGCAAGAACAUGCUGCUCCAGGCGGCCGAAAUGGUCCGCAUUGGAGCCAUGUUCCCUCUGUACUCGAUCGCAUACAUCGCCGCCCCGCACUCCGCCGCCGGGAGAACUCUGCGCAAACCUUUCAUCAAGUUCCUCUGCCAUUCCGCUAGCUACUUCAUGUUUUUAUUUCUCCUAAUACUGGCGUCGCAGCGUAUAGAGACUGCUGCCGGCGGCCUGCUGUGGGGCACGUCUCCGGGGGUGCAGCAGCCCAUGUCACGCCGGGGGGCACCACCGUCGCUCGUUGAGUGGCUCAUACUCGCCUGGGUCAGCGGGCUAAUUUGGAGUGAAGUGAAACAGCUAUGGGACAUGGGACUGCGUGAGUAUGUACACGACAUGUGGAACGUUAUAGACUUCGUUACAAACUCGCUGUACGUGGCCACCGUCGCCUUGCGAAUCGUCUCACAUUUUCAGGUUCGGCGUGAAAUGGCGCAGGGGCUUCAGUGGAACCAACCCCGCGAGAAUUGGGACGCGUGGGACCCGAUGCUGCUGUCCGAGGGUCUGUUCUCAGCGGCCAAUAUAUUCAGCAGCCUUAAACUGGUGUACAUCUUCAGCGUGAACCCGCACCUUGGACCGCUACAAGUUUCACUAAGUCGCAUGGUGCUCGAUAUAUUGAAGUUCUUCGUGCUGGAUAUACUUGUUAUCUUUGCUUUUUCAUGUGGAUUAAAUCAACUACUAUGGUACUACGCGGACAUGGAGAAGAAACGGUGCAGUACCGGCAACUCGUCUUUAACUCCCAACGGGACCCUGCCAGACCCGGACGCAUGUAUUGUAUGGCGCCGUUUUGCUAACUUGUUCGAGACGAUGCAGACGUUAUUUUGGGCGGCGUUCGGUUUGAUCGACCUGGACUCGUUCGAACUGGACGGCAUCAAGAUCUUCACGAGGUUCUGGGGCAUGCUGAUGUUCGGCACCUACGAGGUGAUCAACGUGAUCGUGCUGCUCAACCUGCUCAUCGCCAUGAUGAAUCACUCCUACCAAUUAAUAUCUGAACGCGCCGACGUGGAGUGGAAGUUUGCUCGCAGCAAGUUAUGGAUCAGCUACUUCGAGGAGGGGGGCACGGCGCCGCCACCCUUCAAUGUGAUACCCUCACCCAAGUCGCUGGUGUAUGCGUGGCGCUGGCUGCAGCGGAGGCUGUGCGGCCACGCGCGAGCCAAGCGCGAACACAUGCGCACUAUACGGAGGAAAGCUAAGCAAGCCAAUGAAAGGGAUUUCCGCUAUCAGGCGAUAAUGCGCAAUCUGGUCCGGCGGUACGUGACGGUGCAGCAGCGGCGGGCCGAGUGCGGCGGCGUCACCGAGGAUGACGUCAACGAGAUCAAGCAGGACGUGAGCGCGUUCCGCUGCGAGCUGGUCGAGAUCCUGCGCAACUCCGGCAUGAACACAUCUACCGCCAACGCCGGUGCGCCCGGUGGCGGUGGCGGCAAGAAGAACCGUCAGAAGGAACGGCGGCUGAUGAAGGGGUUCAACAUAGCGGCGGGCGGGUCGCUGGCGCCGGUGGACGAGUUCUUCGCGUCGCUGCAGCACGAGCACGCGGCGCACGCGCACCACGCGUCGCUGUCGGCGCUGCUGGGCGGGCGGCUGCGCGCCAGCCAGUCCAGCCUGUCCGACGCCGCGCCGCCCGCCCCCGCGCCCGCCUCCGCCCCCGCCGCCGCGCGCCGCAAGCCUCCACACAAGCGCCGCUGGGGCACCAUCAUCGAGGCGGCGCGCGCCGCUCGAGUCUCGCGCCUCAUCGGCCGCUCGCGCUCCGAGGACUCCGUCUGCGACCACGCGCGCGCCUCGCCCAGCGGCAGCGAGCGGUCGGAGUCCGGCAGCGACUCGCAGCGCAGCCCCGAGCGGACGCGUGCGGGCCCGCUGCACCCGCUGUCCGCCCUGGCUGCUCUAAAGCGGAAGCGCAAGAAGUUCUCCGACUCGAGACGCGCGGCUGCCGAGCAGCGCGGGCCCGCGGCUGCAGCCGAAGCCCUACAGCGUGCCAGCUCAGUGCCCGCACGCGCUCCACCCGCCGCGCUUCCUGUGCCCGCCCCUGCGCCCGCACCGCCCACCCUCCGUGCUGCACCCCCGCCCGCCGCAGCUCGUGGUGGCAGUCGCGAGCCGCUGCUGGCCAGUCUCGACGACGACGCCCAUAAGGAGACGUGCGGCCAGUGCGGUUGCGAGGCAGGGUCCGGAGCGAGCGCGGGCGAGCGGACGGGGUCGAGUGCGAGCGGCGGGGCGGGCGGCGGUGCGGAGGGCGGGUCGGCUGCGGGCGCGGGCGGCGGGGUGACGUGCGGGCGGUGCGCGGCGCUGGCGCGGCUGGCGGGGGUGACCCCGCUGCACGGCCACGCGCCGCACCACUCCGCCGGCUGGUUGUAG